AUGGUUGAAAACAGUGCAGUGCUGGACAAACUGCAGCGAAGGAGAAGUAGCAUGAAUAGCGAAUCUGAAUAUUUGCGUGAUGUAAGGCGUAGGGGGUUGGAUCCGGAAAGUGCUGCUGCACUGCCAAAAAGAGACGAGGAUCCGGAAGAAGAAGACAAGUUCUUCUAUACGAAAGACAAAAUAUCUCGAAAGUAUAGCAAUUUUCCCGGUGAUACGAUAUUACUGAAGCUGGAUGCAGUCCCUCAUGGUGGUCUUGGCUUAUCACUGGCUGGAAAUCGCGAUCGCGAUCGGAUGACCGUUUUUGUUGUAGCUGUCAGACCAACUUGCCCACUGCCGGUUAAAAUCGGCGACGAGCUGCUUGAGGUAAACGGGAAAGUGCUUCUUGGCUUAUCACAUCUAAAUGCAUCAUCAAAAAUCCGCGAAUGCUGUGAAGAUGGAAUCCUAGAGCUGCUGUUGCUACGUCGUUUCGAGGCCUUGGUGAUUCUCAUUUUUUUUGUUUUUCUUUUUCAUUUUUUUUUUUUAUGA